AUGAUGGAUCUUCGAAUCUUAUCCAGAGCUUAUGACUGUCCUCAUAUAGUCCACUCUUAUGGUUACAUUAUCACUGAGAAUGAAGUUAUGAUAUGUAUGGAGGCAAUGGCUACUUGUCUAGACCUGCUUUUGAAGCGAACGAACAACGCGCCAAUUCCUGAGCCGAUAGUCGGGAAAAUGUCAGUCAGCGUAGUAAAAGCGCUACAUUAUCUCAAGACGAAUCAUAAUGUCAUUCAUCGUGAUGUGAAACCGUCCAACAUACUUUUGGACUGGAAUGGAGUUGUGAAACUUUGUGACUUCGGUAUUAGUGGUUUUCUGAUAGAAAGCAGAGCGAAGUCAAAAGGAGCUGGUUGUCCUCCGUACAUGGCUCCGGAAAGAGUGCGGGAAGAUACUCCCUAUGAUAUACGAAGUGAUGUUUGGUCGCUUGGAAUAACGCUGGUAGAGCUGGCAACUGGGCACUUUCCAUACAAGGGGACAGACUUCCAAAUAAUCUCGUCCAUCCUCGAAUACCCAAGCCCUUCACUGAGACCAUCGGAUGGUUUCACACCAGAAUUUUGUGAACUAGUUGAUUUGUGUCUAAGGAGGAACGUUGAGGAACGACCGGUGUACAUCGAAAUUUUGAAGCAUCCAUUCAUCGUGAGGAAUGAAAAUGCAGACACUGAUGUCUCGGAAUGGUUUGGCGAGAUAAUGACACUUAAAUGA